AAAAAUAUUGGAAGAAGUGAAUUUGCCUAUCGAAAGAACAAAGGUAGCAAGUAAGUUAAAGAAAUUGCAAUAAAACUUCCCGGCUAUUCGCAGAAAUCCCACAAAAAAGGGUAGCACAAAACCACAAAUCAGCAGAGAGUUCGGCUGAAAGUGAAAUCAGUGAAGGAGGUCGGCAACUAAAGCGAAAAGUUCCAACCACAAAAACUUAGUGGAAACGGUAUGGCUACUCUGGUAAAAACAACAAUUUUCAUUGGAUUCUGGUUGCUUCCAUUGCUGCUUAUAAUGCAGCAGCAGCAGCAGUGCGAGUGUCGGUAUCUUCCGACAAGGUCACACGGCGAUGAUUUGGAUAAAUUACGGGAAUUAAUGUUGCAGAUAUUAGAGUCUAGUAAUGAGGAACCACGUCCACCGAAUGAGGCAAAUGGCAAUACAUUGAAUCAGCGCGCUUCUUGGCUAAGUAAACUCAAUGCUUUGGAUGCCAUAGAAGCACCAAGAAAAUAUGCUGGAACUCAUAGUGCUUACGAAAAUGGACGUUACUACUAAAAUAAACUUUUCAAUUGGUAUUUGUAAGAUAAAUACAAAAAUGUUAAAAAACAAAAAUUGACACUCAAAAAUAUAUAUGAAAAAUGUCUUUUAAUAAAUGUAUUAGAUGAAAAUAAAUAUUUUACAAUAGUUAAUCUUUCAAAAUCAUUUGAAGGUCUCACAAACAACCAUAUGGCACGGUACGGUUACAAUAAUUUUGAUGUAGUCUCAGAAACCUAUUUUAAAGUUGUAUUAAAAAUUAUAAGUCUGGCUAUGCUUUUUAAAAUGUAUUUCAAAAAACAUAAUUAAAAAACAA